GCAGAGACGUUGUGGGGUCAAAAUGGGCUUUUGUCGUCCCCGUCCCGAGACGGCUGCCUUGGUGGGAAGCAGGGCCCUGUGCCGCAGGGAAAGCCGGAUCACGGAGCAUUGGCCCCUGAGGCUCAGCGUUUCGCUGGAAACCCCGAUUGCCGUGGACGAAAGACUGGGGCCGGGGCCGGGGUCAGGGCCAGCCCCUCGCUGCUCGCUCGGCGGGGCCCAGCGCUGCGCCCGCAGAACCGCUGGCCUCCCGGCAGCCCUCCUCUCUGUGCGCCCCUUCUCGCGGGGGAGGGGGAUGAAAAUCGCGCACAGCUGCGCGGCCAGCGCAAGAGCCAACCCGCGGGAGGCAGGAGGAGGGCAGCGGCCGAGCGGAGCCCGGGGGUGCUGGGCUGGGAGGGAGCGCUGCGGGGCGCCACCUCGCUCGGUGUUUCCAGCGCGCCAGGCGCGCUCCUCCCCAGGUGUUUGGAGAGCUGCGCCCUGAGCUACCCCAGCUCGCCUCCGCUUGCGCUCAGCCGCCCGGCCGGGGGCCCCUUUAGCCCGGGGGCGGGCCGAGGGUUUUUGUACAAACACGUGCUCCGGGUGCUGGCGGUGGUUAAAGCGCACACCCAGCAACAGCUCCCCGCGGAAAGCCCCAGGGCAGAGGGGUGCCCGCCUGCUGUCGACGCCUCGCUGGCCGGGGCUCCCCCGGGCGGGCUGAAUGACUCCGCGGCAGCUCCGCGUCCCGGGCCCGGCGGGGAGAGCCUGAGCCAGGCGCUGCUGCGGCUUGGCUCCGUUUUCCAGCUUCCGCCUUCGGAGAGGAGGCUCCCGCAAGGCCCCGCACCUGGCGCUUGUCUGGCCACGACCCAUCCCAAGCCCCGGCCGCCCGUUCCCACGCGCGCCGGCCAAUGGGCAGCUGGUGAGGCCGGCGCGGCGCAGCCCGUGCGCCUCCGGGAGCGGAGCGCACGGCCCCGGCCGGCAGAGGCGAUGCGGCUGCUCUGCGGGGCUCUGCUCUGGCUCCUGGGGCUCUUGUGUGACCUGGGUAACAGCAGCUUCCUCCGGAGCCAUCUCCAUGCCUCCAGCUUCCUGCAGCGCCGGCUAAGCGGCCGGGAGAAGCGGGAGAUGCAGCGGGAGAUCCUGUCCAUCCUCGGGCUGCCGGGCAGACCCCGACCCAAGGCCUCCGCCGGGGGCAAGCUGCCCUCCUCCGCUCCCCUCUUCAUGCUGGACCUUUACCACGCCAUGGCCAGGGAGGAGGAGGAGGACGAAGAGGAAGAUCAGGUGGGCUGGGGCCGGGGGGUCUCCCGGCCCGUGCUGACCAGCUUGAGCAUCCAGGCGCCUCCUUUGGGAAGAGUCAUCAGCCGGGCGGACACGGUCAUGAGCUUUGUCAACAUGGUUGAGCAUGACAGAGACAUCUUCUACCAGAAGCCUUACUGGAAGGAAUUUCGAUUUGACCUGACCCAGAUUCCAACUGGAGAAUCUGUAACGGCUGCCGAAUUCCGAAUUUAUAAGCUGCGAAGUUUCACUCGUGAUGUCAACAAAACUCUUCACAUCAGCAUCUAUGAGAUCAUGAAGGAGUAUUCCAACAGGGAGUCUGACUUAUUCCUGUUAGACCUUCAGGAGCUCCAGGCUGGGGCCGAAGGCUGGUUGGUUUUUGAUGUCACAGCUGCCAGUAAUCACUGGUUAGUAAACCGUAAACACAACCUGGGCCUGAGACUUUAUGUGGAGACAGAUGACGGGCAGAGCAUCGAUCCGGGCUUAGCAGGACUGCUGGGUCGGCGCGGGCCACGCUCCAAGCAACCUUUCAUGGUCACUUUUUUCCGGGCAAGCCAAAAUCCGGUCCGAGUCACUCGAGCCGUCAAGCAGCUGAAGAAGAGGCAGCCCAAGAAAACGAACGACUUACCGCAUCCAAACAAGCUUCCAGGGAUUUUUGAUGACAUUCAUGUCUCUGAAGGCAGACAGGUUUGCAGGAGGCAUGAACUCUAUGUCAGCUUUCAGGACCUUGGAUGGCUGGAUUGGGUGAUUGCACCACAAGGAUAUUCCGCUUUUUACUGCGAAGGAGAAUGUGCCUUUCCUCUGGAUUCCUGCAUGAAUGCAACCAAUCACGCCAUCCUGCAGUCACUAGUCCAUCUGAUGAAACCCGAGGCAGUUCCCAAGGCCUGUUGUGCUCCAACCAAGCUCAGCGCAACCUCUGUCCUCUAUUAUGACAGCAACAACAAUGUGAUCCUCAAAAAACACCGCAACAUGGUGGUGAAAUCAUGCGGCUGCCACUGAAGCCCCUGAGGAAAUGCGAUCGCUGGUUUCUUGGCGAGGAAAAAGAACUAUUUUAACAGGUCUGAAUCCCAUCUAUGUUGCCAAAGUCCGUAAGAGUCAAACGCCUAGUUGUAGAUAAGACAAAACUUUUAUUAUCCUACUAUACUUCAUGAAACUAGAGAGAGCAAAUCGGGGGCUGCUUAAGUACACGUUGUGUUUCUGGCUAUUGGGUUUUGUAAAAGAACUGUGGCUAGCUGGCUCCUGGAUUAUUCAUUAUUCUUGGAUGAAGUUUAGACUGCACAAGUGACUAGGCCAAGGAAGGCAGGACUUGAGUUGCUUAUAAAUCUAUCAGUAUCUACUCACUUAUGGCCAAGUAUCAUAGUUUUAACAAGCACUUCUAGUUCUCUAAAUGAUAUGCGGUCAGCCAGUUAGAGCUGGCUGGCUAGCUAGCUCUCCUCUCCCCUACCCUCCCAUUUAAAGCUUGAAAAUUCAUCCAAUUGGAAAAAAAAUGUCAAGCUACAGUUAUAAAAUAAACCCCCUAGUUUGGAAAGUAAA